UGUCUCACGGCCGGCGCUGAUUGGUUGUACCCGCCGGCAGGGCGGGGCUUAGAGCGGAAGCGGCGGAUGCGCGUGCGCGGAUCGUGCCCGGAGCGCCCCUAGAGCGGCGGAACCCCGGGACCAUGAGCAGCUCCGAGGAGGUGUCGUGGAUCUCGUGGUUCUGCGGCCUCCGCGGCAACGAAUUUUUCUGCGAGGUGGACGAGGAUUACAUCCAGGAUAAAUUCAAUUUAACGGGGCUGAACGAGCAGGUGCCGCAUUACCGGCAGGCGCUGGACAUGAUCCUGGACUUGGAGCCCGAUGAGGAGCUGGAGGAUAAUCCCAACCAGAGCGAUCUGAUCGAGCAGGCGGCUGAGAUGCUUUACGGGCUGAUCCACGCGCGGUACAUCCUCACCAACCGCGGCAUCGCCCAGAUGCUGGAGAAAUACCAGCAGGGAGAUUUCGGGUACUGCCCUCGGGUGUACUGUGAGAACCAGCCCAUGCUGCCCAUCGGGCUGUCGGACAUCCCCGGUGAGGCCAUGGUCAAGCUCUACUGCCCCAAGUGCAUGGACGUUUACACGCCCAAAUCCUCGCGGCACCACCACACCGACGGCGCCUACUUCGGCACCGGCUUCCCCCACAUGCUGUUCAUGGUGCACCCCGAGUACCGCCCCAAGCGCCCCGCCAACCAGUUCGUGCCCAGGCUCUACGGGUUCAAGAUCCACCCCAUGGCCUACCAGCUCCAGCUCCAGGCCGCCUCCAACUUCAAGAGCCCCGUCAAGACCAUCCGCUGAGGGACCCCCAAAAUCCCCCCUGGGACCCCCAAAAAUCCCCUCAGAACCCCCCAGACCCCGGAACCCCCCUGUGAC